UGGGGGAGGCGCCCGUGCGUGCGUAUAUAGACACCGGCUGCGCACAGUUUCGCCACAUUUAAAGCCGGCGGCAACACAGAGGAGAGGAAACAGAGAUGGCACACUCCAGGACGCUUCUGGCGGUGGCGGCCGCCGCGGUCGCAGCUCUGCUGGUCUGCUCCAGCGCCGCCUCGCCCUUCGACUACGGACCGUCGCCAGCCGAGUACGGCAUCCUGCAGCUGGGGUCGCUGCGCAACAGCUCGCACAACCUGGUGCUGGGCUGGCGCCAGUACGGGGACCGGCUGCUGCUGCGCCAGACGGUGCACAAGAGCUCGCGCCUCUUCGGCGUCGUCACGGCCGAGUUCUCGUACCCGCCGCCGCACUCCUACCCCAGGCCGGCCAACAUCACCGCCGUCUACGCCAUCGACCUCAAGAAGGACGGCCACGGCGGCUUCGUCAACCUCACGUCCGGCGGCGUCGGCAUGCCCCGGGUGUCGCUGCGCUUCAAGUCGCAGCGCGGGCACGGCAUCAAGCACCUGGUCGAGGUCUACGGCAAGUGACACGGUCAAUAACAGAGGGUUUCAGACAUUUCUUCUUACCUACUGACGAUGUGCGAUAUCUUCCAGGGACAACGAUACCAAAUGACUCAACAUAAUUUUAUGAAACUGUUGUUGAUUUAUUUACAUAAAGAAGCCAGCUUUUGUUAUUGCUGCAUGUUUUUGUUGUAUUAUAAUAAAGUCAUUUUUAUUUAA